UUUUUUUCCCUUCCAGGAACUCCCGAAGCAGCGACGAGAUGGAGCCGGGAGAAAAUUCCGCUCUGGGUGACUCCAGCUCCAAACUCAAGGAACGCGACCGGAAAAUCACCAAACUCGCCGCCGAAAUCCGAAGACUCACGGCGCUGUUGGCCGAGCGCGACUCCGGCCUCCGGAAGCUCCGAGCGGAGCUCGCCAAAUGCGACGCCACCAUCCGGAUCUUCACGGUGGAGCUCGGCGAGCGCCACACGAAAAUCGGGGAGCUCACGGCCGAUGUGGAGGCUUUCACCAAACAACUCCAGGCUCGGGACGCCCAAAUCCGGGAAAAUGAAGCUGAGAUCGGCUACCUGAAGGAGCUGCUGGGAGAAAGGGACUCUGUUAUCCGAAAAAUGAGGGAGGAGCUCGAGGCGCUGAAGGAUUUUGGAGAAAUCGACAAAACCUUGGAGGAGCUCAGGACGGCGUUGGAACAACGGGACAGAGAGAUCGAACAACGGGACAGAGAGAUCGAACAACGGGACAGAGAGAUCGAACAACGGGACAGAGAGAUCGAACAACGGGACAGAGAGAUCGAACGACGGGACAAACAGAUCGCCGAGAUGAACGCCGAGCUGGAGGAAUCUCGAUUAAGGAUCUGGUGGUGCCUCGAGGAGCACCGGAAAGAAGAAGAAAAAGUUGCCCACAUCACCCUGGACCCCCUCACCUCCCACCCCCGCCUGGUGCUCUCCUCGGACGGCCUCUCGGCGCGUUGGCGCUACGGCGGCGCCGAUCCCCCGGCGAGCGCCGAUCGCUUCACCGCGUCCCCGUGCGUCCUCGGCAGCCCCGGCUUCACCGCCGGCCGCCACACCUGGACGGUCUCGGUGGCCGAGGGGCCGUUCUGCGCCGUCGGCGUCAGCCGCGACUCGGUGCCGCGCCAAAACCCGUCGGCGUCUUUCGGCCCCGCCGCCGGCGUUUGGGCCGUGCAGCGUUGGGGGAACCUCGGCCGGGCGUUGACGGAGCCGCCGACGGCGCUGGCGGUGCCGCGGGUGCCGCGCCGGCUGCGCGUGGCGCUGGACUACGACGGAGGGCGCGUGGCGUUCUUCGACGGCGACCGGCGCAGCCCCACGCCGCUCUUCGCCUUCCCGGCCGCCGCCUUCGCCGGGGAGCGCGUCCGGCCCUGGUUCUGGUUGGAGCUGGGGGAGAUUUCCAUCGUGCGGUGACGCCGGAAUCCCGCUGGAAUUCCGUCGUUGGGCUCCCAUCCUUGAGUGGUCCCAGAGUUUCGUCAUCCUUCGAUUCG